CAGGGGAAUUCCUCUCCUGAAUUUUGCAUUUUCCCUGUCUUCAUGCCCAGGCUGUUGCAUCACUUGUCUGGGAGAUGCCUGAAUGGGCCAAUAAGCUGGGGCACGCUAAAUAGUCUGGGACCCCGAACUAGAGGGGACACGUGAGGAGGAAGGACAUGGAUCAGUGUUUUUUUUCUUGAAGCUACUGUUGCCACUUCUGGAAAGGUUUUUCAGGAAUAAGUGACAGUAAGAACAACAAGGGAUUAGAACUGGCCUCCUCUUAUAAAUAAUAAAAUCCAGAGAGAAGUGACUUGAGUUGAGUAGCAGAGCUACGCCUUGCACCCCGACCUUCUGGUGCUAGCUCAAGCUGAUUUUUGACAUAUUGCCUUGACUUCUCAGUCUCCAGGUUUAAAGAAAAGGAAGUAGAGGACAUCCAAACACCUGCAUCUCAUAAGGAGAAGAAAAGUCCACCUGGAUCUUAUUUACAGACUGCGAUGGAUGCAGAAGCCACAGUGAAGUCCAGAGAACAAAAGGAACAUAUUAGAGUAGGAAGAAAAACACAAUGGAGCAGAAGCUGGCUCAUGGCCGGCACUUUACCAAGAUCUCACGUCACCAGCAGGAGGGCGGGAUGGAAAAUGCCCUUCUUCCUCAUGCUGUGCCUGCUACAAGGUUCUUCUUUUGCCCUUCCACAAAAAAGACCCCAUCUCAGAGGGCUGUGGGAGGGCCCUCUCCCCUCCAGGACCCAUCUCCAGGCCACGGGAACGCUCAUGCCUUCUUCACCCCUCUGCUGGCGGGAGGGGAGCUCCUUCGCAGCUGCAAAUGCAUUGAAGGGCCCAAGGCUGGUGUCUGGGGAUCCUGGAGGAGCUGUCACCAUCCAGUGCCAUUAUGCCCCCUCAUCUGUCAACAGGCACCAGAGGAAGUACUGGUGCCGUCUGGGGCCCUCAAGAUGGAUCUGCCAGACCAUCGUGUCCACCAACCACUACAUCCACCAUCGCUAUCGUGACCGCGUGGCCCUCACAGACUUUCCACAGAGGGGCUUGUUUGUGGUGAGGCUGUCCCAGCUGUCCCCGGAGGACGUCGGAUGCUACCUCUGCGGCAUUGGAGAUGAAAACAACCUGCUGUUCUUUAGCAUGAGUCUGACCGUCUCGGCAGGUCCCUCCAGCACCCUCCCCACAGCCACUCCAGCUGCUGGGGAGCUCCCCAUGAGAUCCUAUGGAACAGCGUCUGCAGUGGCCAACAGAUGGACCCCAGGAACAACCCAGACCUUAGGACAGAGGACAUCAUGGAACACAGUUGUUUCAGCUCCAGGAACCAGCGUGACCAGAGCUUCAGCUAAGGGAAAACAAACCUCAGGAGCAACCAGGCCAGCAGCUCCAGGGACAGGCAGCUGGGCAGAGGGUUCUGCCAAAGCACCAGCUCCCAUUGCAGAGAGUCCACCUUCAGAAAGCAGAAGCAGAAUGUUCAAUACAACGGAAGGUGUUUGGGGCAGCACCAGAAGCUCGGUGACAAACAAGGCCAGCAAAGAUGGGAGGGAGAUGACAACCACCAAGGUCAAUAGGCCAAGGGAGGACACAGAGAGGGUCAGGAUAGCUCCUGAAGCAGCCAAAAAGGCCCUAGGAACCGUUAGUCCACCAGCUCCGGUCUCAGAAACUUUGGGCUGGGAAAUCCUCCCACAAUGUUGCUUAGAAACCAGUGUUUCUAGGCAACAAUCUCUGGGCCCCAUGGGAGAAACAACUCCAGCUGCAGGCGUGUGGACUUUGGGAACCGCCAGCAUAGAGGCAGCAUCUGGGGAAGGAAGCGUUGCAGGGGACCUAGAUGCUGCCACUGGAGACAGAGUUUCCCAAGCAACGCCGAGCCAGGCCCUGGCAGUAGGACCCUGGAGGCCCCCUGGCAAGGAGUCUUCUGUGAAGAGUGCUUUUGCAGAAGAUGAAAGCAACUCUUGGACACUGGCUCCCGUCUCUACGUUGCUGGUCUUAUUUAUGCUUAUGGCUCUGGUUCUAUUGCAAAGGAAGCUCCGAAGAAGGAAGACCUCUCAGGAGGCAGAAAGAGUCACCCUGAUUCAGAUGACACGUGUUCUGGCAGUGAACCUCCAACCAGACCAGCUGCCCCAUGUGAAAAGAAAGACGCUUCAGGAUGACUCUCUCCCCACUGGGACCAGCCUGACUGCCCCAGAGAGGAAUCCAGGACCCUGAGGGACGGAAAGAUGAACUGCUCAGUCACCGUGGAAGGAGGACCAAGAUGAAAGCCCUUCAGGACCCUAGCCUCUUUCCAUCAUCCUUCCUCCACCUUUCCGCAGCUGGGGCUCCACCCAAGGAAGAAAGGCUGGCCAUCCGUGGGCGCAAGAAAGUCAAGCAUUGUCCAUAUCCAAGGUCACAAUCUGACUCAAAGGAGACUUCAAGAAAGGUGUAUGAAACACUGGAAGAGGUCACCAAGGAAAAGCGUGAAAUUUCCAUUCCUGAAUGUUUGAAAAUAGAAGGGGUUCCCAAUCAGUGCAGAAAGUGACAAGUCCUCUGUCAUCACACCCAGCCUUUGCUGGGGGCCCCUUUUCUGACUACUGUUAGCACUCA